UAGACUUUUUUCAUUUUCGUGUUUACAUUUUGAUUCUCAAAUUCUGCUACUGUUUUUGAUUAAUUUUCGCAAUUAUCUAUUGUUUAAUUGUUCUUUUUUUCUAAUCAUGUCAUCAGUUAGUAGUAAUCCACAAGUUCGACACGGUACUAAUGGUCAAACUAGUGUAAAGAGACACAAAUUUGCUCUUAAUUUUAAUUCCAGGGUUAAAAAUGAAAAAAAUGAAUUAGGAUCACCUCCUGGUUUUGUUUCUAAUGUCUUAUUUAAUGUUCCAGUUGUUGAACAAAGUGAUGGCGCUCUCAUUGUCAAGAAAUCAUGGGAUAUUGCUUUAGGUCCUGUUAGACAACUUCCCAUGAAUCUUUUCAUCAUGUACAUGGCCGGUAAUUCAAUCUCAAUUUUUCCUAUUAUGAUGGUCGGUAUGCUUUUCCUUAAGCCAGUCAAAGCGCUUUUACAAAUUAAUACAACAUUCAAACUCAUCGAGGGAAAUCAGUCAAUUUUACAAAAAUUCAUCUAUUUAUUGGGAAACAUUUUAUGUCUUGCGUUGGCUCUUUACAAAUGUCAAUCAAUGGGAUUACUUCCUAUUCAUCCAUCUGAUUGGCUUGAUUUCGUGGAACCUCAACCAAGAAUUGAAUUUUCCGGCGGAACACUUUCUCAUUAGACAAAAAUAACCAACAAAAAAUUACCUAAUCAACGAGCCAACAAUCAAGCUAUGGUUUGUUUUACUUUACCCUGUUAACGUUGUCUAAUUUAAUCACUUCUGUUCGAGUUUUUUUUUCCAACUGUAAUCAAUUGAAAAUCACUGAAAAUGUUUCCUUUUUUUUCUUACAAUUUUCCAUCUGAAACAAUUAAACAAUUUCUUUGAUUUGAUUAUAUUUUCACAAUUGAAUCUCGAUUAAAUAUCUUUGUAUGACUAAAAAUUAA